GUCACGUUAUAGUAAGCAUAUUAAGAAACACUGCCCUAGUUUAACACAAUGGAAGGUCCCUGGUUGGAUUUAGCUUGGAAUAGAAGUCAGAAGUUAACCAUUUGUCUGAUUUUGUUGAUCACACAGGAGAGAGACGUGACUAUCUUGGAUCCUCUGGGGAGCCUCAACAACAUCAUGAUGCUGAAGAGGCAGUGAAGAAUCUCUCCAGAUCUGAACACCUCAAUAAACCAGAGCGGAGACCCACAGGGAAGAAAUCUCACUGCUCUGAUAGUGGGAAGAAUUGCAAAUCUUCAACAGAACUUAAAAUACGCCAAAGAAGCCACACAGGAGAAAGGCCACACCACUGCUCUCAGUGUGGAAUGAGUUUCUCUAAAUCACAUUCAUUGAAAUCACAGCUGAGAAUUCACACAGGAAAGGAGCCUUAUAGCUGUGAUCUAUGUGGGAAGAGAUUCAUUCGGUCAGCCCACCUGACUGUACAAAAGCGAAUACACACUGUGAAAAAACCAUACCACUGCCCCGACUGUGGGAUUAGUUUUGCUCAUUCAAGUAGUCUGAAAACACACCUGCUGACACACACAGGUCAGAAGCCUUACCACUGCUCUGACUGUGGUAAAAGCUUUACCACCUCAAGUAGACUGAAUAUACACCAGAGAACACACACCGGAGAGAAGAUUUACCACUGCUCAGACUGUGGUAAAAGCUUUACCACCUCAAGUAGACUGAAUAUACACCAGAGAACACAUACCGGAGAGAAGCCUCACCACUGCUCCGACUGUGGGAAGAGUUUUACUCAGCCAAGUCACCUGAUUGCACACCAGGGAACACACACAGGAGAGAAGCCUCACCACUGCUCCGACUGUGGGAAGAGUUUUGCUCAUUCAAGUAGUCUGAAAACACACCUGCUGACACACACAGGUCAGAAGCCUUACCACUGCUCUGACUGUGGUAAAAGCUUUACCACCUCAAGUAGACUGAAUAUACACCAGAGAACACACACCGGAGAGAAGAUUUACCACUGCUCAGACUGUGGUAAAAGCUUUACCACCUCAAGUAGACUGAAUAUACACCAGAGAACACAUACCGGAGAGAAGCCUCACCACUGCUCCGACUGUGGGAAGAGUUUUACUCAGCCAAGUCACCUGAUUGCACACCAGGGAACACACACAGGAGAGAAGCCUCACCACUGCUCCGACUGUGGGAAGAGUUUUGCUCAUUCAAGUAGUCUGAAAACACACCUGCUGACACACACAGGUCAGAAGCCUUACCACUGCUCUGACUGUGGUAAAAGCUUUACCACCUCAAGUAGACUGAAUAUACACCAGAGAACACACACC